AUGUUAAAAAUUUAAAGAUCAAAAAGUUGUGAUGCUAUUCUAAUAACUCUAAAAAAUCUUGAUAAAGGAGACAAUUAAUCAUAGUAAUCAUUUAGGGUCUAUGAAAACUCAACAAUUUUAGAUUUAAUUGUUCAUAUCAAUAAAAGUUAGCAAACUAAGUCAGAUAUUAAACUAUACUUUGAACAAAAUAUUUAAUUUACAGGAGAUUUGAAUCAAUAUUUAAUAGAUAUUAUAAAGAAAACGAAAAAUAGAAGCAUAGGGUAUAGAUUGAUUGAAUAGCAUCCCUAAACGAAAUCUGAGUAUGUAAAAAUUAACUAAUAUACUUAAUCUGAAAUAUAUCCUGAAAAAAGAAUCAUUGCUACCUAAAUCCCAAGUGUUGAAUAAUAUAAUCCAGACCUAAAUAUUAAUACAUAAAAUUAAGUUGUGAAAAAUUAAUUAAGAAACAAAGAAAACUAUGAAGAAGAAAGAUCAUAAAGAAUUGAUAAUUUUGAACAAUUCAAAUAAAUGUAAGAAAAAGCUUCUUAAUACCAAUAAUUUUCAUAAUUAGUGUCAAAAACAGAAAAUAUUCACCAUGAAUAAUAAUAAUCCAAUCAUCAAUAGAGCAUGUCUUAAAAUUAUAAAAAUCUUGAAAUUGAAAAUUAAAAACUAAAGGAUGCAUUUAAAACCUUAUAGAAUUAGAAUCAAAUUUUGGCUGAAGAAAACAAUAGACUAAAGAUUGAAAACUAAAUUUUAAAAGUUAAUUAGAACAAUCAAUAAGUAAAAUAAAUUUCUCCAGUUUCUGAAAGAUAAGAAAACAAAUUACAUGAAACCACAUAAUUCACUAAUAAAUGCAAACAUCAAAUUAAAGAGAAAUAAUUGGAAUAAAUUUUUACUUAAGCAUUGCUCAAUAAAUAGUUUGCAAAAUGUCCGUAAUGCAAUCAAAAUAUUAGCAAUAAGCUAUGUUAGUAAUUUAUAAUUUUUGGGCGCUAGUAUCUUGAUAUGAAGAAUUAAAUGGAUUUGUAUGUUUUAAGUGAAAAUAUACAAUAAAAGUUGAGAUAGAAUAAAGAAUAAUCUUUGGUUCGAUGUUCAAGCAAAAAUUGUAAUUUCAUAUGUAUUUGGUAAUAAAAUUUGGUAACCUAAAAGCAACUAGGAUUUUGCCCUAUUUGUUUAUCUAAUUCUUUAGGCAAUCCAUAAAUUAAAGGCUAUCGAUAGAGCAAUUUAUUACUAAACAAAGGAACUAAAUGAAUUAUAAAAAUAAAUUAAAAUUUAUAAUAUUGUAAAAA